GCCCCCGGGCCCGCAAGGAGGCGCGCGCCGCGCUGCGGGACCACGGCGUGCCCCGCGAUGCAAGGCGUAAGCUCAUGGAGCGUUUUGACCCUGUGUGUUCGGUGGUGCUGUUGGAGCGUCUGGACACCCCAGUGACAAGAUUCAUCCUUAGCUACCCAGAUUUCUCCCACCUCUUCAGGGCAAAGAAACAAAGAGUACCUUGCUUCAUACCAGAGGAUGCAGCUCUAGCUUCUGUUGGCAUUUUAAAAUGUGAUCCUGAGAGUGGCCUGCUUGUGUCAGAGAGUACCAUCCUGGCGAUUGAAGAGUUAGUCCAAGCAUGUCGUGAGGAAAAUGAUGGUAUCCCUGUCAUUCUGGUGUGUGGUCCAAAAUGUGUUGGAAAGUCAACAUUUAACAGAUACCUUAUUAACCUGUUGCUGAAUCACCUCCCCUGUGUUGAGUAUUUGGAGUGUGAUCUGGGACAGACAGAGUUUACACCACCUGGCUGCGUGUCCUUAAUGAACAUAUCAGAUCCUUUUCUGGGUCCUCCAUUCACUCAUCAGCGAACACCACGUAAAAUGGUCUAUUAUGGAGAUGUUAGUUGUGAUCAGGAUACUGAGCGAUACAUUGAUACAGUGAAAUAUGUGUUUAAUUCCUACAAGAAGGAAGUGCCUUUAGUCAUCAAUACCAUGGGCUGGGUGAAAGGUGUUGGAUUGCUGCUGCUGAUUGAUAUCAUUCGACUGCUGUCACCAAGUCACAUUGUUCAGAUUUCAGCAGAAGACUUUAAGGAUAUGCCUCAGUUUACCCCAGAGUAUAUUCAUCUCACUGCUGGCCUGCACACUAAAGGCAAACUGCAAGCCACAUGCAAGAGCAUGGAUAUGGGUGGAACAGAGAAUUGGCAGCCCUGUGAAGGAGAGAGAGACUUUCAGACAUCAACUCCAGGGCAUAAAUUAUUGUGUGUUAAACCAAAGUUUCCUGGAGCAGGCGAUGCUGCCAAGGCACGGGUCCAUAGCAGUAUCCUACGGGAUAUGGCAAUGUUGGGUUACCUUGGCCAGCUGCAGCCCCUGGAAACAAGAUCAGUGCUUCCUUUACACAGUCUGGUCCCCUAUCAGGUACCAUUUAGUGCUGUUGCACUCAGGGUUAUUCACACAGAUGUGGCUCCUAAACACAUCAUAUAUUCAGUGAACGCUAGCUGGGUCGGUCUCUGCAGGAUACCUGAUGAGGUCAGAUGCCAAACUGAUGGGCCAGUCUUGCUGACACAGACACCAGUCUGUGAUUGUCUGGGCUUUGGAAUUGUUCGAGGAGUUGAGAUGGAGAAGAAGCUUUACCAUAUUCUGACUCCAGUGCCUCCUGAAAACCUGAGAGUAGUGAACUGCCUGUUGCUUGGGAAUAUUGCCAUUCCCAGCUGUGUCCUCCUGAACCAGCAGGGCAUCGAAGGGGAGAUCCCAUAUGUUACUUCUGAAUAUAAUUACCAAAUUUCAGGAGCGGGGAAGCUGAAAGUGAAGAAACACCUCCAGAGAAGAGAAUAUAACAGGCCAUAGUCUCUCCUCCAAGCCUUCCAUUGCAGGACUUCCUUCACUAAGAGGCAAGUCAUGUUCCCAGGAACUUGACCCAUUCCUGGAAGACCCUGCCGCACAGACUGUAUGAGGAAGAUGGAGUGUCCAGUUGGGAUGUUGUUAUGUUCUCCUCCCAAUGUUGUUCUUUUAUAUUUUUAUUAUGUACUUCUGUGUUUUAUAGUAAACGUCUAUUAAAAACAUCAGUUUGA